UAGGGUUUUUUUUUGCCGGGGGGUGGGUGGGUUAAGCAGUGAGUGCUCUGUGAAAAGUGCAAUUACAAACAAAACAAACAUGGCUGAAGAAAUGGAAGUGAAAGUGCAAGAAGAAGGAGAGAGAGUGAGCAUGAAGCCAUGGGAGCAGCAUUCUGCAGUGAUAAGCAUCCCUCGCUUCGACUACAACGCCCCCUCUUCGCUCCUCUAUCACUCCCAAUCUGGAUUUCUCGUCACCUGCCCCAUCAAGAGGGAAAAAAGUGCCACAAAAGAAGCCAUGUCCAUUCUUGAAAAGUGUAUUGGAAUCUUUAAUUGUAGCAUCUAUGUAAGUUCGGAAAGCUCUGAUGCAAAUGUUGCUGCUAAGAGAAGGAAAUUAUGCGUUUUGGAAUUAGACAGUGAAUGCCCCAGCAGUAUAGAAAGCAAGAGCGCUGCUUCUAACUUUGGGGACUCUAGUGCAGGUAAACUGUUAGAAGAUUCUUGUUUGACCUCUGCAAAAUCAGAUACAAAUGAAGAAAGAAGUCCUACCCUUUCACUAGUUAAGCUGACAGGGAGUGGGUUGCUUCUUUUUACCAUUCCUAGAAAUGAUUCUCUUGAUGUUGUUGAUACUGUGUCAAAAAUUAUUUGUUUUCUGGAAUCUGGGAGUUUAAAUUCACCACUUUGGUGUCAUCGCAUUUUUCCUAUCCAAGCAACUUGUUGUUUGAAUGAGAAGGAACUGCGUGCAAUUGUGUCAAAGCUUGUUAUUCAGUUUGUAAAUGAUAAACGGAACAAGCUUGCACGACCUAUAAAGUUUGCAGUUGGGUAUAACAGAAGAGGAAUUGAGGAGGCAGAGCUGAAGAUUUCAAGAAAUACUUCUAAAGAUUCUGAAGAAAUAGCUUUGUUAGACCGUAACAAAUGCUUUAGCGUUGUGGCCACAGCAGUUAAAGAUGUUGUACCAGAUUCAGUUGUGGACCUGAAAUCUCCGGAGUUAUCAGUUCUGGUGGAGCUGCUACCCAUCUCUGGAUUACCCAAUGGAUCAUUGGUGGUUGCUAUCUCAGUUCUUCCGCUCAACCUUAUUACUACUAAGCCACGACUCUGCAUUAAGUCACUACUUUCAAAUACAAAGGCAAGAAAUGGAAGUAAGAGUCAAUAAUGGUUCUAUGGUUUGGGACAUCAUCUUCUCUACAAGCAGGACUCAAAAAGUCAAAAGACUAAUCUGGUGCUAGUUUCUAGUAACGGGUUAGGGUUAGAUCUGUGGUUCUGGUUGCCAUGGAGAUCUCUGAAACCCUGUUUGUCUGGUGAUGAUACCCAUUGCUCCUUGACAGACUAUGAUUUGCUUCGCUUCAAUGUGGAUUAUACUUGACACACUUAUUUUCAGUCAACUAGAACAUGUUGAUAAGAACUUAGAUUUACUUCAUAUUCUUUACUUUCGCUCAACUUUAGUACAUGUUGAGAAAUAAAAGUCCACAUGAUUGGAUCUGUAUCGUAAUAAUAUGAUGAUCAUUUCACAAAAGUGAAAAGUUGAUUCCAUCCCCAAACUAGGCCAGUUUUAGUAGGCAAUAUCUCCCUUUGAUUA